UGGGAGUCGGGGAUACUUCACUUCAUGAACCACUUCCGACUAACUGUAUUGGCCCGCAGGUCACCGUGUAUACGGCACUACUCAAAAAAGUCCCCAGCAGUUCAACCAACUCCGAGUCAAAAAGAGAGCGCUGAGCGAGAUGAUGGAGACUUCCGUCCACCAUGGGUGUACUCCGCGUCCCACAUUCUCACCUAUACUAUGAUACCCACGGCUAUAUUAUAUUGUGUAUUCCUUGCUGAUUGGGGCGAGCGGGAACAUGUUUUCUCGCCAGUGCGCAGAUGGACAGCGAAAUACAAGGAAUCUUUUCUCUCUCUUUCUCCAGACGAAGCUUCCUUGAUUAAAGAGUCACAACCGCCGUCGACCACAGCACCACCGGUUACAAAAGAAAUUCAGGCAGAAGGCCGUCCCUCAUGAGCGACGUAUCUUCAACUUGCCGAAGGAUGCAGUUCGUUUGCUUUUAGAUCUCAACACGUCGCCUAGUAAUGAUGAGCGAGAGCCAUAUGUUAAGAAUCCACCCUGUGGUAUUAGUAGUAUCUUUUGGUAGACAAAAGACAGAGAUAUUAUCACUUUUUCUAAGAAUGCAUAUGCUUGAGUUUGUGAGAGGAAAUGACGGCCUUCUAUGUUCUGACUAGAGUGUAAAUUGUUGCAUUAAU